AAGCCCGAAUAACGAAGCACUGCCAACUAAUCUUCUUUGAAACAUGUGACUAUCCGGUGGAAAGUGUGGGUUAUGUGUUUUGUUUAAGAGGGGGUGGACAUGAAUGAGACAGGUAAAUUAGUGUAGGUACGCUAUUUGUAAAGAACCCGUGCUCUCCGAACUUGAACUGGGAAAUUCCGCUGUAACAUGAAGGUCGAUAUAAAGGCGGGACCUGCCGUGCCUUGUAUUGGAUUGUGUUCGGCAAUCUGCUGUGGGCUCAGUGUUAAACUGUGACUUUUAUCAAGGAGUGAUGGAGAAAUGCUUCGGGAUAUUGGCGUUGGUCUGGCUGCUCGGUGUGGCUGGGAUCGCGGCAUCAGAACCGGGUCAGCGGUCCAGUUGGAUAUCCUGCCGAACUCUUUCCAGGAAUCUCACUUCAAAAGUUUUUAACUACACACAUAGACCGGACGGUUGCUUGGAAAAUCUUCAGCUGAAUGGCAGCGAAAAUAUUCCACGCAUAGAAGUCGGUGACAAGUGUGACCCCAACACACUCAAGACCGUGCCGGAGACAUGCCUGAAGAAAAUUAAGGAAGGCUUGUUAUAUUACCACAAUCAGUUUAACCAACUGGGAAAAGUGAGUGUGUCAAAACAUGGCAGUGACAUUUGGACAUUUGCGGAUAAUCUUUCAAAAAUUACCUUGGAUCUCCUCGAGUCAAUCAAGAUUUCGGACAACAGCACUGAUGCCACACAUAACAAGGUGACAGACAACAGUGCCACAGAUGUGCACCAGAUCAAUGAUUGGAUAUUGAACUGCACCAUGUUUGUUACUUUGCGGCGAUUUCAGUCAUUCUCAUCUCUGGUGGCCCGUGUCUUUGGACAUCCUUCAGGAAACCCUUCAAAUCACUAAAUUACAGGGGACCAUUGAGUAUAGUUAAGGCAUCUAGUGAAUAAGGAACUAUCCGUUGUUUAUUUUUCAAUGUCCAGUUUGUGUUGAACAGUGUGGUCCAUUUUACACAUAAAUAUUUGAAAUGGCAGAUAUCUGGAUCUUCUAAUAUCAAUUUGCUUUAUAAAUCAUCAGUUUAAAUGGAUGUAGCAGUACAGUGGUUAUUACCAGAUUAAUUAAUCCAGUAGACCAUGAGGUCACAUCCUGGUAUUUGCAUUUUUUUUAAAUCUGGAAAAAAAAACAUGUCUCAGCAAAACAGACCAUGAAACUGUCAUUUAAAACCCUAAAUGGUUCACUUAAUAUCCUUUAGGGAAGGGGAAAAAGACAGGCUUUUAUGUGACUCAAGUCCCACACCAAUUUUCCCUGAUUUGGUUUAGCAAGUCAUUUAAUUCAAAAACCACCAGCUUCUCAAGGCAACUCAGAGAUAAGCAAUAAGUUCUGACCCUACCACUGAUACCCACAUCCUAUGAACAGGGGGGAAAAAAAUCAAAUGCAUGUGGAAACCCUGAGCAUUGACUUUUUUAAGAAAAAAAUCUUAAACCUCUGCAUUUUGGUGCAUGUGUGCUUGCAUCUAUCUUGCAAAAUUGAGAGCUAGAGAGGGGAUAUUUUUAUAUGAUAGGGGAAAUCCCAGGAUAUCGGAAUCUACAAAUCUAUCCUUAAGAUCUAUUGUGAUCCCAUAAUUUCAGGCCUGAAUGUUUUGGUUAGAUCCUUUUCAGAGCAUUUUUAAGUCUGGG